GAUGGCGGCUGCGGCAACCUCCCUUUACCAGAGGAAACGAAACGCGCACUGUAUGUGAGAGAGAACUGGGGGAUGGGAAGACGACUGUUGCCGCCACAGACUUCUCGCCUCACACUCCCCCGGCGGGAGAGAACUAUUGCAAAGCAGCUCCAGCUGCUCCCCCACUGACAGUCAUGUGACCUUAACGUAACCGGACAGGAAAGCACCGACCGUUUUCCCCCCUCCCUCUUCUCGGAGAGGAAGAGCAAGACGACGACGGAGAAGAAAGCUCGCACCGAGCACGGUCUCUCGCUCUUUAUAUUUCAAGAAUCAUUUCAGAUUAAAAAGGGAAGGGGGGAGGAGUGGAGUGUCUCCUCUUCCUACUUUCCCAGACCCUUUCCGUGGGCGUCCCAGCCUAACCUCAUCAACAUUUCUAAACUGGCACUUUUUAAAUUGCACUAAAAAAAGAUGGAUUUAGCCAACCAUGGACUUAUUCUUCUGCAGCAAUUAAAUGCCCAGAGAGAGUUUGGAUUUUUGUGUGAUUGCACAGUUGCAAUAGGAGAUGUCUACUUCAAAGCACACAAAUCGGUCCUUGCAUCAUUUUCUAAUUACUUCAAGAUGCUCUUUGUGCACCAGACAAGUGAAUGUGUUCGCUUGAAGUCAACAGACAUUCAGCCAGACAUCUUUAGUUAUCUUUUACACCUGAUGUACACUGGAAAAAUGGCACCUCAGCUGAUUGAUCCCGUAAGGCUAGAGCAAGGAAUAAAGUUUUUACAUGCAUAUCCUUUGAUCCAGGAAGCCAGCCUAGCAAGUCAUGGUGGGUUUUCUCACCCGGAUCAAGUUUUUCCACUUGCCUCUUCUCUUUAUGGAAUUCAAAUUGCAGAUCACCAGAUAAGGCCCCCAGCAAAAGUUGCUGCUGAAAAGGCAAACCGUGACACUCGGCCUCAGACAUCCAGACUGAGUCAGGAUCCUGCAACAGAGAAUGUGCAGAUAACUCAACUUCCAUCUGCAUUGCCUCAAGCUAACAGGACAAAUUUAACCUUUUCUGAGCCUGUUCAUACUCCCUUAUCUCCUGAGCCAACUUCAUCAGUUUUACCUGCAGCUUCUUCUCUAGAGGAAAAUAGCAUGGAGGAAUCACAGAGUGAAGAACAGAACACAUCACUGACAAUCGCCCAUGUCAAGCCAAGCAUUAUGAAGAGGAAUGGGAGCUUCCCCAAGUACUAUGCUUGCCAUUUGUGUGGGAGACGGUUUAAUCUGAGAAGUAGCUUGCGAGAACACCUUCAGCUCCACACUGGAAUUCCAUUUAGUGUCACUAGUGGGCAGACUGACACCAGCAUCUCCCCUUCCUUCUGCAACAAUGGAUCUGAGUUAGGAAAAGAUGUGAUGGAGACAACAGAGGCUGGCAUUAUCAGUGACAGUGACAUGCCACAGAUCUCUGACUCUCCGAUUAUUGAUGGACAGCAACAAGCGGAAACACCACCCCCUACAGACAUUGCCGAUAUUGAUAAUCUAGAGCAGGCUGACCAAGAGCGAGAGGUCAAACGCCGUAAAUAUGAGUGCACCAUCUGUGGGCGUAAGUUUAUCCAAAAGAGCCACUGGAGAGAACAUAUGUAUAUCCAUACUGGAAAGCCAUUCAAGUGCAGCACCUGCGAUAAGAGUUUCUGUAGGGCAAACCAGGCUGCCCGUCAUGUGUGUCUUAAGAGUUCUGAUACUUACACAGUGGUGGAUAAGCAGACUCUUGAGCUGUGCUCAUUCGAUGAAGGCAGCCAAAUGGACAACAUGCUAGUUCAGACGAAUAAACGUUACAAGUGCAACCUGUGCGACAAAACAUUCUCAACACCCAAUGAGGUUGUUAAACAUACAUGCCAAGCUCAAAACUCUGAUGUCUUUGCUCUGGAAGAGGAAGGGAAGUCUAUCCUCUUGAGCAGUGGGGACUCUGAAACUGCAGACAAUGAGCACUCUAUGUUAACCUCUAUCAAAAAAGAGCAAGAAACUGUAUUAGAUUAACUUUGAUGCUAUGUAUUUUUCAUUACCUGCUACGUACAUUUUUCCUUUUUUUAAAAAAAAAAAAACAAAAACUAGAAAGUCUGUAAUUUUGAUCUCUUCCGUCCCUCUGCUUUUUUUCAGCAGCAUAGCUUUGGACUAUAGUGACUUUCCCACAAAAACAAACCUGUUUUGUCUUGGAUAACAUUUUCUGUAUUUGAGAACUCACAUUUCCAUUUUUUUUGUUAGCUUUGUCUUAGGGAACUGGAAAAGAUGAGAACACCUCCAUUCUGACAAAAGAACUACUGAGAUUUAUUAGAUUAAACUUACUUGUUCAUGGAAAACGUGAUGAAUUUGUGUAUAAUGGUGGAAAUGAAUUUUGUGGAAGAGACAUUUUAAUAAAUUUAAAUGCAUACAUACUUUAAUAUAUCAUGAUUAUUUUCAUCAAGGCACAGGUCAUGUUGGAAGGAUGUCUUGCAUUCUUAACAAUAUACAAGUGGCUGAUCAUAGAUUACUAAAAAAAAAUACAUAAUUUUGUUACUAUGGGUCUGGAGCUUUUCGUUUAAUUCUGUAGAGCUAGGAAAUCCUGACUUUUCGGAAGAAAUAACUAUGCAGCUGUAUGAACUAAUAUUUAGAUGUUAGUUUUGCCUUUUUUUUUGUUUCUCAAAGGGUUUAAUGCAACACCUUUCCAAAGGCUCCUGUCUUAAACAAAUGUCUAUUUUAAUUUCUUGUUGGAAGUAAAAAUCUCCAUUAAAAAUGCAUUACUAUGUCUUCAAUGUCAGAAGACAAAAUAAUGUGCCACAGGUUUUUAAAAUACUAGGAUCAAAUGUGCUGGUUCGGAAUCGGGGCACUAUUUAUAAAUAUAUUAUUUGAAAAGUCUCAGCUAUAGCUUGCUGGAAUAAGACCAUAACAUUUCGAAGAUGUAUUUAACAUAUUUUCAUGUAUAAAACUAUGUAACACCCAGCAGUUCUUGCUAAUGCAUUGGUACUGAACUCCAAGGUUGAUAACUAUAAACAUAGGUUGUUUUUGCAGGGCUAUCUAAAUAUCUGUUUGGUUUAAAUGCAUUAAUGAGUCAUCUUUUCCAUCUUCUAGUUAAAGCUUCAAAUAAAGACACUAACCCAGCAGUAUACAUUAGGUUUACCUCCAUUAAUGAGAAUUGUUAGCUUUUCGUAUUGAGGUUAAAACGAUUUGUUCUUUAUUUAUUCUUUGUUCAGUAUUUCAGAAAGAUUCAUAUUUUUUUUUAUGAUCAACUCCAUAAUCAAUACCCCUCCCCCCCCCUAAAAAUAGUCCUCUUUAGUAUCAUUACCAGUAGAUAUAUAUUUCUAUUGUAAAACGUGUUAAUUUAGCACCAUCUUGUUGUUCAUUGAUAUGCUGCAUGGGGUAUGUUAAAACGAUGUACCUUACAUUAUUUUGUGGGAUAAUGAAAUUUUGCAUAGCUACCUGCCGUGCCUUAAUGUUCUUCCAGCUAGACAUGCCCAAUAGACUCUUUUCUAACCACUUAAAGCCCUUAUCUGAAUUUAUUAUUUUCUUAGCUUGUUCCUUUGUUACAUAUGAGCCAUUUCUUUCUUAAUCACAUUGUAAUUUUGUGUAUCCCAACAUUUGUUUGCAAAUGUGCCAAUAAAUAAAACCAUAUAUUUGUCUAAAAUUCUUUUUUUUUUUUUUUAUACAAACAAUUUGUUUUUGUUUAUACAUUCAUUUCUUAAACCCAUUCUAGUUACUAAUCCCAGAGAGAGUGAAAAUGUUCAGAAUAUUAAAUGCGGGUUGUAAAAUGACCUCUGUUGUGAAUUCUUAGGAGCUUCUUUAGAACUGUUGCAGAUUUGUUUCUGAAAUAGCUGUUGCUUUUAUUUUCGCUACAAGCGCUCACAGUGAUGAGAUGUAGAUUUGUUUCCUCUCAUUAUUUGGCAUUUCAUCUUUAACAAUAUUCAUUUAUACAUGGAACUUUAUUUGAUUUUUUUGAAUUUUUUUUUAAUGCAGCAGUUGUAGGAAAUAUGCUUCAAUUAACCUGUUGCUUAAUAUCCAUUGUCACAUAUAUUAACUUUAUUUUCUUCAAAAUAAAAGCAAACUUUUUUUGAUAAAACAA